AUAUACAAAAAGUCUAACUCUAAUUUCUCUCCUUUAGCUUUCCGCCUCCUUUCCAGAACCUCUCCAAAAUUUGAAAUCUAGAUUCUCCAUCUCUUCUCCACCUCUUCUCCCAUCUCUUCUCCACCUCGUCACCUUGCCUCCAUCUAUUCUCUACCCCGUCGCCUCCAUCUCUUCUCCACCUCGUCGCCUCCAUCCUCCAGCCGUGCUCCAGAGUCUAGCCCGUCGCCUCCGGUCUCCAUGUCGGCGCCCCUCCACCCACGUCUUCAACUUCACGCCCUCACCGGUAACAUCCGCCAUCCGGCCAUCCACGCAGGCGACGCGACUCCAGAUCUGGCAUCUAACCCUAGAUGCUAAAUCUCUCCGGCUCUAGCUUAGCAGAAUGCUAUGUAAAUGAAAUAUAUUAUGGAAAUUUAAGAAUUUAUUAUCGAAAUUGUACUCAUUUUGUUGAAAUUGUGGUAAAUUAUUGUUGAUGAGUUUACUAUUUACCCAUUUUGAUUAGAUUAGUUAAUAAUGAAAUUUAAAUUUUUUGUAUUUCAGAUUUUGGUUGUUCUUGGUGGAUGAUAAUCAGUAUUUCUAAUUUUUUUGGUUUUAGCUUUUUUAGGUUUUUAAAAAUCUUAUAGAAUUUUGGUUUUUUCGGUUUUAUUCGGUUUUUGUAUUUCGGUUUUUCGGAUUUCGGUUUUUCAGUUUUCGAUUUCAGUUCGGUUUUAAUUUUCAAUAAAAUUCAGCUUUUCGGUUCAAUUCGGUUUUGGUAAAAACCGAACCGAAACCUACCAAAAUCGAACCGAAAUCCGAAUACUCACCCUAGAUCCUAUUAUCCUACCCAUCUUCCUCCCUGACUGACUGAGUCAUGACCACCUCACUCUCUCUUCCUCUCUUGAAUUUUCCUUUUUCCAUUUCCAGCUCACUCGCCAACACACCCCCAAAAAAAUGAAAAAAUUAAAAAAUAAAACACAGAUCUUCGAAUUCUCGCCUGCAGUUGCAAAUGCUGCUUCUUCUUCAGCCAGUAAGCUCCAAUUCUCUCUCUCUGCAGCAUUCCUCUGCUACGGUUUGAAGUUUGGAAGAAAAAGAUCAGAUUUUUACUCCCAAGCUCAGCAUUUGUCUUCUGGCUGAAGAUUCUAGUAUUUCUCGGCAUGCUUCGAGCUCUCCAGCAACUUCUUUUGUUGAGAUGUGUUUUCAACAGCAUGCUUUGCCUUUGAUGUGUGGAGCGUGGUGGAUAUGUCAAAUUCUAGCACCUAAUCUUCUUUGAGCUUAUUUGGAAAAAUUUGUUGCUCGGACUGCUUGAACGCUUGGGGGAGUUUUCUAAUGAAGUGCUGCUCUUCCCAUGUAACAUUAUGCCCUCUCUUGAUCAUUGUGGCUCUUUUUCCCCUGGCAUGGGGUGACUUGAGCUCAGACAGUCGAGCCCUUCUGGCAUUCUCGACAGCCAUACCUCAUGGCCGGAAGCUCAACUGGAAUGCUGGUUCCCCUGUCUGCACGUCGUGGACAGGAGUCAAUUGCAGCACAGAUGGCAAUUCUGUGGUUGGUCUACGCCUUCCAGGUAUCGGACUUACUGGUCCGAUUCCCUCGGACACUAUUGGGAAAUUAAACAACUUGAGGGUUCUAAGCUUUCGUUCCAAUAGCCUUAGUGGUAGCCUUCCUUCUGAUGUCCUUUAUCUCCCUUCUCUUCGCUACGUCUUCCUCCAGAACAACAACUUCUCCGGCGAAAUACCAUCGUCGCUCCCUCCUCAGCUUGCGGUUUUGGAUCUCUCAUUCAAUUAUUUGACCGGAGGCAUUCCACACACGUUUGAGAACCUGACACAUCUUACAGCAUUGAGCCUUCAAAACAAUUCACUCUUUGGAUCCAUUCCUGACCUCGACCUUCCACAUCUCAAGCGUCUCAACCUAAGCUACAACCAAUUCAAAGGCAGCAUUCCGCCUUCGUUGGAUAAGUUUCCGAAAUCUUCGUUCAUUGGAAACUCUCUAUGUGGACCACCUCUCAAUCCUUGCUUCCUUAAUUCCCCACCUCCCACUAGCCCCACUGCUUCAUCUCCGCCUAUGGGGAGACAAACGCCCACAAAGAAACUCUCGUUGGGAGCUAUAAUUGCUAUUGCAGUGGGAGGUGCAUUACUGCUAUUUCUUGCUGCUCUGAUUUUAUUCCUGUGCUGCUGUAAGAGGAGACAGAAUGAAGAUGGUGCUUCUCCCAAGAUCAAGUCUUCGGGUGUCGGGAGACCUGAGAAACCAAGUGAAGAGUUUGGCAGCGGGGUGCAACAACCAGAGAAAAACAAGCUAGUUUUCUUUGAAGGGUGCUCAUAUAACUUUGAUCUCGAGGAUUUGUUGAGGGCCUCGGCUGAAGUACUGGGGAAGGGUAGUUUUGGGACUGCGUACAAGGCAGUGCUGGAGGAGUCAACCACAGUUGUUGUGAAGAGACUAAAAGAGGUCAUCGUGGGGAAGAAAGACUUCGAACAGCAAAUGGAAUUAGUCGGGAGAGUCGGACAGCACCCGAAUAUCGCCCCUUUACGUGCUUACUAUUACUCUAAGGAUGAAAAGCUCUUGGUCUAUGACUACUAUCCUAAUAGUAGCUUGGCAAGUCUACUACAUGGAAACAAGGCUUCUGGGAGAGCUCCACUGGAUUGGGAUUCGAGAGUGAAGAUAACCCUCGGUGCUGCGAGAGGGAUCGCACACUCGCAUGCUGUUGGAGGCGCGAAAUUCACUCAUGGAAACAUCAAGUCCUCAAAUGUCCUCCUGAACCAUGAUCUUGAUGGUUGUGUGUCUGAUUUCGGCCUCGCCCCUCUCAUGAACUACCCGGCUACUGCAUCGCGGCAGGCGGGGUACCGGGCUCCAGAGAUCAUCGAGACACGCAAGUACACUCAUAAAGCGGAUGUGUACAGCUUCGGAGUGGUCCUACUCGAGAUGUUGACAGGGAAGCAGCCGAUCCAGUCCUCCACGCGGGACGACAUUGCCGAUCUCCCCCGGUGGGUCCAGUCGGUCGUCCGGGAGGAGUGGACGGCAGAGGUCUUUGACUUCGAGCUCAUGAGAUUUCAGAACAUCGAGGAAGAGAUGGUACAGAUGCUGCAGAUCGCCAUGGCUUGCGUCGCGAAGGUGCCGGACUUGCGCCCCACGAUGCCUGAGGUCGUUAGGAUGAUCGAGGAGCUCCGGCAGUCGGACUCCGAGAACCGGCCGUCUUCUGAUGAAAAUAAGUCUAAUGUGCAGACCCCGUGAUUCUUCCCAUUCUUGUGAAUUUGUCUCAGGUCAUUUGAACUUGGUAGUUUUCUAGUUUAAUUUAUGUUUCAUUUAACAACUCGUUAAGAUUUGUCUGUCUCUUUGUACAACCCUUCAACUUCAACAGGUAGACUACAUUACAAAUUGAUUCCAAAUUAUAUCAACUCCCAUUUCGUAUUUA